AUGACAGCCCAGUCUUCAAAGACAGUGCUGUCCCUGGACUCUGAGGCAGUGCGCUCACUCAAAGAUGGCAUCAACUUUAAGAAGAGCCCAGAUGAUGGGAAGUGCUACAUCAUAUACAAAGAAAAUGGAGAGCUGAAGGCCUGCAAGAACCAAUGCAAACACCAAGGAGGCCUGUUCAUCAAAGACAUUGAGGACUUAGAUGGAAGGUAAGUAGACUUAAAGGGGAAGUUCAGGAUUCUACAAUUUAAGAUAGCUGAAGUUUGUAGUGGCUGUUUAGAGAAUACCCAACCAUGGAUUACAGUUUCUCCUGGCCCAUAGACUACUUUCAGGCUGAGGAACCAUCUAACAUCAAGUUGUAAAAUACAGAGGCUUAGAUAUAACAUAUCUAUUCAGUGGGAUUGAAAGGUUUUUCUGAUACAGGACGGUCCGAUGUACAAAACACUACUGGAAGCUGAACGUCUCAACUAUGCAGUAUGUGAACCCUCCCGACAGCUUCACACAGGAUGAGCUGGGUAAGUUGAGCUGCUAUUUUAUUUAUUUAUUGUUAUUUAUUUAACUAGUCAAGUCAGUUAAGAACAAUUUCGUAUUUAAUAUGACGGCCUACUAAAAGGCAAAAUGCCUCCUGCUGGGACGGUGGCUGGGAUUAAAAAUAAAAAUAUAGGACAAAACACACAUCAAGACAAGAGAGACAUAAAGCGAUACCUAAAACAACAACAUAGCAUGGCAGCAACACAACAUGACAACAACACGGUAGCAACACAACAGGCCUUUCCCAACAAUGUAGAGAGACAUAAAAUAAAUAAUAACACAAGGAAUAAAUACACAAUGAGUACCGAUACCAUGGCUAUAUACACGCCGUACCAGUACCGAUACCUUGGCUAUAUACACGCCGUACCAGUACCGAUACCUUGGCUAUAUACACGCCGUACCAGUACCGAUACCUUGGCUAUAUACACGCCGUACCAGUACCGAUACCAUGGCUAUAUACACGCCGUACCAGUACCGAUACCUUGGCUAUAUACACGCCGUACCAGUACCGAUACCUUGGCUAUAUACACGUGGUACCAGUACCGAUACCUUGGCUAUAUACACGCCGUACCAGUACCGAUACCUUGGCUAUAUACACGCCGUACCAGUACCGAUACCUUGGCUAUAUACACGCCGUACCAGUACCGAUACCUUGGUUAUAUACACACGGUACCAGUACCGAUACCUUGGUUAUAUACACACGGUACCAGUACCGAUACCAUGGCUAUAUACACGCCGUACCAGUACCGAUACCUUGGUUAUAUACACACGGUACCAGUACCGAUACCAUGGCUAUAUACACGCCGUACCAGUACCGAUUCCGUGGCUAUAUACACACGGUACCAGUACCGAUACCAUGGCUAUAUACACGCCGUACCAGUACCGAUACCUUGGCUAUAUACACGUGGUACCAGUACCGAUACCUUGGCUAUAUACACGCCGUACCAGUACCGAUACCUUGGCUAUAUACACACGGUACCAGUACCGAUACCUUGGCUAUAUACACACGGUACCAGUACCGAUACCAUGGCUAUAUACACGCCGUACCAGUACCGAUACCUUGGCUAUAUACACGCCGUACCAGUACCGAUACCUUGGCUAUAUACACGCCGUACCAGUACCGAUACCUUGGCUAUAUACACGCCGUACCAGUACCGAUACCAUGGCUAUAUACACGCCGUACCAGUACCGAUACCUUGGCUAUAUACACGUGGUACCAGUACCGAUACCUUGGCUAUAUACACACGGUACCAGUACCGAUACCAUGGCUAUAUACACGCCGUACCAGUACCGAUACCAUGGCUAUAUACACACGGUACCAGUACCGAUACCUGGCUAUAUACACACGGUACCAGUACCGAUACCUUGGCUAUAUACACACGGUACCAGUACCGAUACCUUGGCUAUAUACACGUGGUACCAGUACCGAUACCUUUGGCUAUAUACACGUAGUACCAGUAUCGAUACCUUGGCUAUAUACACACGGUACCAGUACCGAUACCUUGGCUAUAUACACACAGUACCAGUACCGAUACCUUGGCUAUAUACACACGUUACCAGUACCGAUACCUUGGCUAUAUACACGCCGUACCAGUACCGAUACCUUGGCUAUAUACCACGCCGUACCAGUACCGAUACCAUGGCUAUAUACACGCCGUACCAGUACCGAUACCAUGGCUAUAUACACACGGUACAGUACUGAGUCCAUGUGCAGGAGUACGAGGUAAUUGAGGUAGAUAUGUACAUAUAGGUAGGGAUAAAGUGACUAGGCAACAGGAUAGAUAAUAAACAGUAACAGCAGCGUAUGUGAUGAGUCAAAAGAGUUAGUGCCAACAGGGUCAGUGCAGAUAACUAUUUAAGUAACUAUUCAGCAGUCUUAUGACUUGGGGGUAGAAGCUGUUCCGCGUCCUGUUGGUUGAGUGCCCAGCUGUCCAUUCCUUUGACCAUCUAACAAUGAAAUGAGGACCACAGUGUAAAUAAUACGUCUGAUGUUUAAUAUGUCUAUAUGUACAUUAAGAUAAUAAAAUCAAAUUCAUUCAUUCGAUUAUUCAUCGGAAGAGAUUUGACUUUGGCUUGAUUUUCUAACGCAGACGUCGUGAUGACGGACGAGGGUGGUCUUCAUCUCGUGGAGGUGAUCGUCUGGGACCCCUGGUUGGCAGACCCCCAGGAUCCACAGGAACUGCAGGAGGGAGAGGUGACUGUGAGUACAGCACAUCACACACACCACACACCCACGGAUGGACAGAUCUGAGGCCUUCCCCAGUGGGCAAAACUGGUUGCAAUUACAUUAUGACAUCUUACAUGACGUCAUGGUCUGGAUGUAUACUGGUUGUAUAAGGACGUUUUGUUAAGGUCAGAAAAAUUUGUCUUGAUCUGGUUGUGAUUUUGAUCUGGUCAUGAAAAGGAUGUCUUCACCUGGCUGGUGGUAAAACAGAGUUGAAACUAAUCUGGAACACAAACACUAGCUAUGAUCCAAGGCUGGUUAGUAAUUACCCGGAGUGAAUAAAAUAUGAGUCUUAAAAUGAUAACCAAGAGUUGUGUGUCUACAAAUUCUUUGACUCACCUUUGAUCCCAUCACUAUCACCACCUUUAUAAUGUGAGAUCAGAGGCUGUGUUCUCACCUGAAAGGCUGCAGUGCCGAGCUUAAGCCUGGGACACAUAGGGGAGAUGGGCAAAGGUUGAAAGCUAUCACCAGCCGCCAUCCAAGAUUCUACAUGACGAAUCGGGAUAGACCUCCGAUCACAGCCGUGCCCAACAACAGUGGUCACAGAUGGCUUUUGACCAUCUCUCCUAUGUGUUCAUUUAAAUUCCAGAGACACAGAAACAACAGUCCCAACUCCCACACCUCUGAGUCUUUCCCCACAUGGCCGACACGCAAUUUAUAUCGAUGUGAUUGAUGGUCAACCGCGCCGUGAUCAAAUGUAAAGUGUCGGGCGACAAGAUUCUCUGCUCCAAACUCGACCUUCAUGUUCCUCCAGGUGACCUACCUCACCCAUGCAUGCAUGGAGCUCCAGCUAGGGGGGAAGAAGAUGAUAUUCGACCCCUGGCUGACAGGUCCAGCCUUCGCCAGGGGCUGGUGGCUGCUCCACGAGCCCCCUGCUGACUCCAUGGAGAGGCUGUGCAGGGCGGACCUCAUCUACAUCAGCCACAUGCACUCCGACCACCUCAGGUAUGUAGAGAUGUUACCAGUAUGGAGUAUGGUAGAAUGAAAUUAGUUGAUAUAGGAGGAUGGGCUCAACGUCACUGGAAGGGAAUGGAUGGAACGGUUUUCAAACACAUCAAACACAUACUAUUCCAGCCAUUACAAUGAGCCCGUCCUCCGCUAUCUCCACCAACCAGCAACCACAGAUUUCAAUGUAUUUAUAAUUUUGGUCCCACUUUAAACGAAGUAUAAAGGCUUUAUAUAGCAUGCAUAAACCUUCAUAAGCACUACAUAAAUGCUAUACAAAAUAAUCUAUAAGCGUACGUCAUAAAUACGUCUAUAAAUGGUGUAUACACUAUGUAUUUUUAUACACCAUUUAUAGAGUAUGAGAUUACAGAUGAUAUGUGAAGCAUUUAUGUAAGCUAUAUUAAGCCUUUAUAAGUUGUACUUCGUGUAAAAUGGGACCCUAGUUUCAAUUCCGGAAGUAAACAGAAAUUUCUAUUCCAAUUUUCCUCAUGAGGAUGAGCACACAGAAGGCAGGAAGUUUUAAGAUAAUUGCUGAAAAAUUUAUUUUCAGCUACCCAACCUUAAAAUCCCUUUCUGCAACGAGACCCGAUGUUCCCAUUUAUGUUGGCGACACAUCAAGGCCAGUGUUCUGGUAAGGGUUAUCUAUAUUUGUGUUACAUAUUAACAUGGUUUAACAACCAUAAAACAAAUGAGUCUGUCACCUUUGUGGGGUUAUGCUGUCCUUGUUUGGGUUAUCUAUAUAAACAGUGUGCAAAGCUGUCAUCAAGGCAAAGGGUGGCUAUUUGAAGAAUCUCAAAUAUAAAAUAUAUUUCGAUUUGUUUAACACUUUAUUGCUUACUACAUGAUUCCAUGUUUUAUUUCAUAGUUUUGAUGUCUUCACUAGUAUUCUACAAUGUAGAAAAUAGUAAAAAAUAAAGAAAAAACAUUGAAUGACUAGGUGUGUCCAAACUUUUGACUGGUACAUAAUAUGUUACAUAUUAACAUGGUUUUACAACCAUAAAACAAAUGAGGCUGUCACCUUUGUGGGUUUACGCUGUCCUCGUUUAAACCAUGUUACAGGAUGCUGGAGAAAAGACAGGUGCAGCUGACAAAUAUCAACGUGGUUCCCUUUGGCGUUUGGCAAAACGUAAGCCUAAACAGCUCACUCUGAAUGAACAGUUUAUACGAUAGCAUGCAGGAACCCCUGUCAAAAGGCUCUCCUUUAAUGCCUUCCCCUGUUGUUAUCUCCGUCAGAUUGAUGAGCACCUCAGAUUCAUGAUUCCUGAAGGAUGA